AUGGACGCUAGUAAUCAAGAUAUGGUAGGUUUAUUGGCAAGAGAAAUGAAUGCUAUCUUUUCUCCUUUAAUACAAAACCUUAACCGGACCAAUCAAGAUAACUCUGAGACAUGUCAACAAUUGUUAGUACAGAUGGGUCGAAUAGCCAACUUUUUAGGCGCUCCUGAGACCUCAGUGCGUCGAAGGACAAAGCAAUUAGUCAUUCAGGCGGACGAACCAACCAUAAAUCAAGUUCGACCGCCAAGACCACCCCCCAAAACUGAACCCUUGAGGGCAGGAUUAGAGCAACAGAUAGUUCGACAGGAGAUUCUUGAAGAACAACCUAGGAGGGUAGUGAUGGUUAAUAGAAACCAAAAUGCUGAUGAAGUGAUUCACAAGGUUAGGCAAAAUAACCAGAUGGAGAAUAAUUUGACUGCUAUGAUAGAGAGGAUUAUGGCCCAAAAUGUUUUAAACACCGGACUUCGAAGGCCAAAUUAUGCAUCCCCUUUAACUGAUUAUGUUUUACAAAUUGAAUUACCUAGGGGUUGCAAGAUCCCUAAGUUUACCAAAUUUUCAGGGGAUACUAGUGAAUCUACCACAAAGCACAUAGCCAGGUAUAUGACGGAGGCGGGAGAUUUGGCAAACAAUGAGGAUCUGAGGAUGAAGUAUUUUCCCAAUUCUUUAACCAAGAACGCUUUCACAUGGUUCACAACACUACCACCAAACUCCAUAGAUACUUGGUCUCAGUUAGAGAGAUUGUUCCAUGAACAAUUCUAUAUGGGCCAAACCAAAAUAAGUCUUAAAGAAUUGGCCAGUAUUAAGAGGAAGUUCACCGAACCUAUAGACGAUUAUCUGAACAGGUUCCGUUUGCUAAAAGCUAGAUGUUUCACAGUGGUAUAUGAACACGAAUGA